GAGAGUCAGGUGGAGGUCAUGCACCUGCAGCAGCAGAAGGAGGAACUGUGUGCUCAGAUCCGUGACCUGAGCGUCCCUCUCCACCUCACCUCCGACUCCAUCCCUGAACUGAAGAAGAAGCUCCGUGAGCUGGAGACCAGAGACAAGGAGCGCUCGGAGGAGAUCAGCCAGAUGACUGCCAGAAUCAAGCAGCAGGAGCAGAUGCACCUGCGCUUUGAGAUGGAGAUGGAGAGGAUGAAGCAGAUCCAUCAGAAGGAGCUAGAGGACAAGGAUGAGGAACUGGAGGACGUGCAGAAGUCCUCACAGAGACGG